ACGUGCAUUUAUAGCUGUAAAAAUUAAGAGCCAUUUUCAAACUCAUAAACAUCACACAUCCCAUUUGCCAAAAAACAAAUCAGACUUCCCAGACACAACCACCAAUCUCUAGCUUUCUUUUCCUUCGUUUCAUUCUCUUGCCAAGUAAUCCAUCCGCGCCAAAGGGAUCUUUUGAAAAAAAGAAAAAAAGGGUCUUGAAUUAGCACCCAACUACAUGUCUUUGUUGUCAAUGCCAGAGACAGAACAAGAGCAAGAACAAGAACAGGGUUGCUUAUCAUGCACCACUUUCAAUAUCCUGGCUCCCAUUUACAAACGACUUGAUCAACAGAAUCAAGGUCUUCGAGAAAGUGAGUUCAGGGCCAUGUGGGUGAGCAGGAACCAAAAAAUUUUGGAUUGGUUGCUCUAUAAAUCUUCCUCCAUCAUCUGUCUUCAGGAGUUCUGGGUUGGAAGUGAAGAACUUGUGCGUAUGUACCAGGAGAGGCUAGGAGCUGCAGGCUAUAUCACCUUCAAUCUUGCAAGAACUAACAACCGUGGAGAUGGUCUGCUGACUGCCAUACAUAAGGACUACUUAAGGGUUCUGAAUUAUCGAGAGUUGCCUUUUAAUGACUUUGGAGACCGAGUUGCUCAGCUGCUUCAUGUUCAGUCAGUUGUGCCUUUUCUCCCAAACCGAAAGGGAAACAUUGGACAAGAAAUGCUUAUUGUGAACACCCAUUUGCUAUUUCCUCAUGAUUCAAGUCUCUCUCUAGUAAGAUUGCAUCAGGUUUACAAAAUACUUCAAUAUGUGGAAUCAUAUCAGAGAGAAAACAAGCUCAAACGAAUUCCCAUCAUACUAUGUGGUGAUUGGAAUGGAAGCAAGCGGGGGCAUGUUUACAAGUUUCUUAGGUCGCAGGGAUUUGUAUCAUCAUAUGAUGAUGCCCAUAAAUAUACUGACAGUGAUGCAGAUGCUCACAAGUGGGUUAGCCACCGCAAUCAUAGGGGAAACAUCUGUGGUGUUGAUUUCAUUUGGCUUUGUAAUCCUAACAAGUCACGCAAACCAUUAAGAACAAGUUGGGCUGAAGCAGUUUUCAGUAUAAUAAAGCAUCUGCUUCGAAAAGCUUCACUGUCUGAAGAUGAUGCAUUUGCCUUUCUCAAGGGUGACAACCAGGGUGAUUUUAUUACAUUUUCUGCUCUCCAAGAAGCAUUGCGCCAGGUUAAUUUAAUUGGUCAUCCUUAUGGACUGAGUUUCCUAGAGAUGAAAAAGCUAUGGGCCCAAGCAGACAUCAACGGAGAUGGUGUUAUUGAUUAUGAAGAAUUCAAGCAGAAGAUUUGGAAUCCUAAAUGGUCGGAGCAAACGGAGGAGUAUCUUGAGACAAUGAUUGAAGAGCCUAAAAAGGGCACCAACGAGGAAGCCAUUGGUUUCAGGGUGAAGAAUGCACUUCUCUUCCCCCGGGAAGCGGAGAAAGCAAUGUGGCCUGAAAACUACUCUCUUUCUGAUCAUGCUUCGUUAAAUGUUGUCUUUUCACCGUUAAGUCUUCAGUGUUUUUCAGCCCAAUAAUCAUAUCUAGGCACACAUCUGUAGAUACGGCACUAGUGAAACCUGAGAACCUAACAAUGAAGAGCACAAUUAGAACACUGUAAAUUGUAGAGGAACUUGUAUCUUUAGCCUAUAGAAAAUCUGCUGCUGGCUGCUCGUGUUCAGAAAGACCAAAUGCUCUGGAGAGUUCUGUAACCAGUUUUGGUCGGCCCCAGCUAGUCUUUUCAGCCAGGACAGAAAUGAUGUAAUAUCACUUUUGAUUUAUAAUGUGAAAUGCUUAACCAGAAACAACUAAUUCGAUUGAUUAGAUGAAAAUGCUGACUUUUUAAGUUAA